AUGGCGCUUGAGAAGUUAGACGGAGAGAAGCAGCUUGAUGAAGACUUGCCGUCAGUGGAGAUCAUCGAGGUCAAUGCUAGCGGCCAUGUUGACCAACUCAAUAGACAGUAUGGGCUACUCAGCAUAUGCGCUACAGCCAUAAAUAUUGACGGCGCCUGGAUAGGUUUUGGCGGAAGUAUCAGUACGGCCAUAUUGAACGGCGGCCCACCUGGGAUCAUGUAUGAAUUGCUCGCAGCAUGUUUUUAUUACGGGUUCAUCGCGGCAUCUCUCGCAGAACUGGCUAGCUCUGUACCAUCGACCGGCGGAGUGUAUCAUUGGGCCUGUGUCACUCCUGGCCCCCGCUGGGGGAGAUCCCUAGGUUUCUUCGCCGGGGUCAUCAAUUUCUUUGCCUACAUAUUCGGACUUUCUUCAUCCGUCUAUAUCGUAGCAGAGGCUGUCGUCCAGAUGUGGGCUCUAUUUCGCCCGGACUUCGUCAUUCAAGCCUGGCACACCUACGUCACACUUGUCCUCAUCGCCUUUCUUUCAUGCGCAACGGUCAUAUUCUUGAACGCGUUACUUCCGGCGGCUCAGAAGAUAGGAGGAUUCAUCACUACCGUCGGUGGGCUCGUAACCAUAAUCACUGUGGUUGUGAUGCCACGGCAUCAUGCAUCACAUACAUUCGUUUGGACCGACUGGGUAAAUCGUACGGGUUGGAGUUCAGGAACUGCGUUCUUGACAGGCAUGCUCAACGGCGCCUUCACCAUUGGGACUCCCGAUGCAGUCACGCAUUUCGCAGAAGAGCUGCCCCGUCCUCGCAUAGACCUCCCUAGAGCCAUCGCUUCUCAAAUGGUCAUCGGAACGAUAUGGUCUUUCAUAUUCGGAGUUGCUUUAUUAUACGGUGUAUCAGAUCUUGACGCGAUCAUUAACAGCAGCGUCGAAUUCCCAUUGACAGAAGCCUACAUCCAAGCUACCUCAAGUAAAGGUGCUACUUUUGGUUUACUUCUGAUCAUUGUCCUGGCUGGUUUAUUUGCACUGCAAGCGUUAUAUGCAAUGUGCGGUCGCCUCUUCUGGGCUCUGGCGCGCGACAAUGUUACCCCAUUUGCUACAUUCUUCUCGCAAGUGUCUCCCAAGUUAAGCUGUCCUGUACCGGCGACGAUAGCUGUUGUGUCCCUCAGCGUGGUCCUUGCUGCCAUAUCUCUGGGGAGCAAGACCGCUUUCUCUGAUCUCGCCGGCUCCUUUUGCAUCCUCAGCGCUACCUCGUACCUCAUCCCCAUUGCCGGACACCUACUCACCGGACGACGCCACGUCCCUCGUGGCCCUUUCUGGAUGGGACAAUAUGGAUACUUCAUCAAUGCUGCCGCGGUGGCUUUCAUCAUCUUUACGGAUGUGAUAUUUUGUCUGCCAUUCUCGCUACCUACGACCGCAAAAACGUUGAACUACAACUCGGUGAUCCUAGUAGGAUGUUUCUUUUUGACAACAGGAUGGUGGCUGUGGCAUGGAUUGCAAAAUUACGCUGGGCCUACGUUACCGCACACGGAUGAGGUGGCUCGAGUUCUGGUGGAAGAAAAGUGA